UUGUUAUCUGCUCUACACUACUCCACUCUCUCUCUCUCUCUCUUUCCCUAGAUCUCUCCAUCUCUAGGAGGCCCUUCAAUCAUUUCACAAUAUUGUUUAUUGCCAUUUUGGUUUCCAUUUUCAAGGUGCAUGCUUUAUAUUGAAGUGUUUCCAGUUCUUUACCUUCUUUAGAUUUUGUUUGUUUGUUUUGGUAAUUUGGGUUCUACAUUUUUUUAUGGGGUUUUUAGGGUUUGUUUUGUAGUGAAAUUGUGAGUCUGGUGGAGGGUUUUCAAUCACCUGAUUCGAUAGCUGAAAAGAUUAGGCAUGACAUUUUAAUGGUAUUUAGUUUUCAGGUUGUGAUUCUUAAUUUGUUGUUGGAGUAAAGGUGGUGGUUGUUGUUGUUAGUUUUUUCAUUUUUAGCGUUGUAGGUUGAGGAAAUUUGUUUCCUUUUUUGGAUUAGGAGUCGGUGGGUUUGAUAAGGAAAUGGAAGUUUGACAGUAAAAGAGCAGUCAUUGAGUCACAGUUAAGUUAUUGUGCAAAAUUGUGUGGUUCUAGUGUUCGGUAUUUUAAAGUUUCAAUCUUGAGUGGGAAUUGCUUAUGCUCUUCUGGUGCUUGAUUUUGAGAUAUAUAGUUUAAUUGCUUAUUUUCGAUGAAGUAUAGUUUGGUUGUGUGAAAAUGGGAAUGGAAGAAGAGGAUACAAGUGUAAAGAUGAGAUUUUUGAAGGGUAAUUAUUGAUUCUAAAGGAGAAGGGUGUUUUUGGAGGUGGUUUAGGUACAAAAUGGGUUGCAUGUGCUGUAAACCCUCUGCAAUUGAGGAUAGUAAGGAGAGCCCAAGAGAGAGACUUUCAAGUAAGCCCUCGUCUGACUUGAGGGUAUCAAGGGCUACCUCUUCAAGGAGAGAGGAAGCAUAUAGAGCGAAAGAUCAAUAUGAUAGUAAUGAUGGUAGGACAAUGUUGAUUGAUAAGCAAGUGAAUGGGUCUCUUAGAGGGCAUGGGGGUGAGCAUGUUGAUAGGAAGAGGGACAAGUCAGAGUAUGCAGUUCUUCACCACCCAGGUAUGGGCAGCAUACCGAAAGCCACUGAAGGGGAGCAGGUUGCAGCUGGGUGGCCUUCGUGGCUAGCUGCUGUGGCUGGAGAGGCCAUCAAAGGUUGGUUGCCACGGCGUGCCGAUUCAUUUGAGAAGCUGGACAAGAUUGGCCAGGGAACCUACAGUAAUGUUUAUAGGGCCCGUGACCUUGAUCAAAAGAAGAUUGUUGCUUUGAAGAAAGUAAGGUUUGAUAACCUGGAACCUGAGAGUGUUCGCUUCAUGGCCAGGGAAAUUCACAUCUUGCGCAGGCUUGACCAUCCUAAUGUAAUAAAGUUAGAAGGCCUAGUUACAUCAAGGAUGUCAUGCAGCUUGUACCUUGUGUUUGAGUACAUGGAGCAUGAUUUGGCUGGGCUUGCCUCACACCCUGGUCUGAAUUUUACAGAAGCCCAGGUGAAAUGUUACAUGCAACAACUUUUACGAGGACUUGAUCACUGUCACAGCCGUGGUGUUCUACACCGUGAUAUAAAGGGUUCCAACCUAUUAAUUGACAACAAUGGUAUCUUGAAAAUUGCAGACUUUGGACUAGCAAGUUUUUAUGAUCCUGCCCAGGUUCAGCCACUGACAAGCCGGGUAGUGACUCUUUGGUACCGUCCUCCAGAGCUUCUACUUGGAGCUACCUUCUAUGGGAUAGCUGUUGAUUUAUGGAGUACAGGUUGCAUACUUGCAGAAUUGUAUGCUGGCAAGCCUAUUAUGCCAGGGAGAACUGAGGUGGAGCAGCUGCAUAAAAUUUUCAAGCUGUGUGGCUCACCUUCGGAAGAUUAUUGGAGAAAAUCAAAGUUGCCUCAUGCGACUAUCUUUAAGCCUCAGCAGCCUUAUAGACGCUGUGUUGCAGAAACAUUUAAGGAAUUCCCAGCACCAGCUUUAGCACUUAUGGAGACCCUGCUCGCCAUUGAUCCUGCAGAUCGUGGAUCUGCAGCUUCUGCUCUGAGGAAUGAGUUCUUUACGACCAAGCCGCUUCCUUGUGAUCCUUCAAGUUUGCCUGAUUAUCCUCCUAGCAAAGAGUUUGAUGCAAAAAUGCGAGAUGAAGAAGCUAGAAGACAAGGAGCAGCAGGAAGCAAGGGUCAGAAAUCUGACAUGGAAAGAAGAGGGCAAAGAGAAUCUCGAGCUGUUCCAGCACCUGAUGCCAAUGCUGAGCUAGUUUUAUCAAUGCAGAAAAGACAUGGUCGUCCAAAUUCCAAGAGCCGGAGUGAGAAGUUUAAUCCCCAUCCUGAGGAAGUUGCUUCUGGAUUUCCAAUUGAUCCCCCUAGACCAUCACAAGCUGCAGAAUCAAACAUGGAUCCUCAGGGUCAUCAGCAUAAGAGAGCCUCACAUUCUGGGCCACUGUCUCACCAUUCUGCAUGGGCAAAGGCUGGCAGAAACCCCGAGGAUGCUCCUAAGAUUUACACGGGGGCUGACCUGCCAACAAUUUCAAGCCUAGAGGCGGCGCGGAGGAGUUUAUUAUCUGAAGAUCACAGAGAAAGGUCUGGCCUAUCACAACCAGAAGUUCCAAAACUAAUGGCACGGUUUCCAGGAUCCUUCAAGGAAACCUCGGAAUCCUUUGCCCAACAGGAUCCAAAGCAUCUGUCACAGGGUGUUGCAGGUUCCCUCCAAAAGGAAGAUGGGAGAAAUAACAGUAAAGAUCCUGUCCUUCUUGGCUAUGGGUCAAAGGCUCACAAAAUCCACUAUUCUGGUCCAUUGAUAGUUCCAUCAGGGAACAUGGAUCAGAUGCUGAAGGAUCAUGAUCGCCAGAUCCAAGAAGCUGUUAGACGAGCACGCCUUGACAAGGCAAGGGUUAGAAAAGUCCAGGCUGAAAGCUACCAAAUAUCAGCCAAUUCAUUAUUUGUUUCAGGUCGAUGAGGUAAGCCCCAAAAGAGAAGUAUUGCAGGGACUCUUAAGAGUAAUUUGGUUGGUGGUUUCCUUCUGUGAAAUAUGAGUUAAAAACCGUUGGUUGGGGUUUUUGUAUAUGUUCUUAGAAAGAUAGCUAGUGGCCAUUUUAGCUACAAGAUUAUAGCUCACUGAUAAAUCUUCCCUCUGCAAUUUAUCACAUGUAUUUACUUUCCACUAUCAUUGCAAUCUCAAAAUUACUGACCAUUCUUGGAGAGC